GUAGCUAGUUUCAGCAUCUAAUAUUCACAAGCUCUAAACCUAUUCUUCUCAUUGGUACUAAACUCAAAUAUUCUCUCUACCAUAUCUCACCAUGCCUUACCUAUCCUCCCCUUGCUCUGGCAAAACAGUCUUAGCUCCCUAGCCGAGAGAGAGAGAGAGAGAGAGAGAGAGAGAUUGCAGAUGAUGGGCAAUCAAGGCAUAGGGAUCUCUUGUGUGUUACUUCUUGCAUUAUCCAUAUCAGUCGUCAAUGGCGAUGUUGGGUCUGUUCAGCUACUAAACGACGACGUUCUGGGUCUGAUUGUGUUCAAAGCAGACAUUGAGGACCCUUCUUCGAAUCUCGAGUCUUGGAACGAAGAUGAUUACUCCCCGUGUUCUUGGAAGUACAUCAAGUGUAACCCUGUAACUGGUCGUAUCUCUGAAGUCUCGCUUGAUGGCUUAGCCUUAUCCGGAAAGAUCGGUCGUGGAAUACAGAAGUUGCAGUAUCUGAAAGUACUCUCGCUCUCAGACAACGACUUCACUGGUAAUGUCAUCCCUGAGAUUGGUCUCUUAAGCAAUCUCCAGAAUCUGAAUCUCAGCCAAAACCGUCUUUCAGGUAUCAUCCCUGCUUCUCUUGGAUCCAUCAGCUCAUUAAAGUUUCUCGAUCUAUCGAAAAACUCGUUCUCAGGGUCGCUGCCCGAUGAUUUCUUGACAAACUGCUCGUCUCUUAGAUAUCUGUCUCUGGCUAAGAACAUGCUUGAUGGGCCAAUUCCCAGUUCUCUUUCACAGUGUUCUCUUUUGAACACUCUUGAUCUCUCAAGCAACCGUUUUUCGGGCAACCCGGGUUUUGUUUCCGCCAUUUGGACACUUCAGAGGCUCCGGAAAUUGGAUCUUUCGAACAAUUCUCUUUCCGGGUCGAUGCCUUCGGGGAUAUCUUCCUUGCACAACUUGAAAGAGUUGAAUUUACAGGGCAACCAAUUCUCGGGAUCAUUGCCUGCAGAUGUUGGAUCCUGUCCGCAUCUGAACAGAUUGGAUCUGAGUUAUAAUCUGUUCUCUGGAGAAGUUCCAAGCGCUUUUCAGAGACUAAACUCUUUGAUGUUCUUGAGUUUAUCCCAUAACUUGCUCUCCGGUGAUUUCCCACGAUGGAUCGGUACCUUGAGAAGUUUAGAACACUUGGACCUGUCCAAUAAUGCGUUAACUGGAGAGCUUCCUUCUUCAAUGGGCAACCUAAGAUCUCUGAAGUUUCUUGUCUUGUCGAACAAUCAACUCAAAGGCGAGAUACCGUCUUCUGUGUCAGAUUGCACAGAGUUAUCAGUUAUUCAGCUCAAAGGAAAUAGCUUCACCGGUAGAAUUCCCGAUGGUUUGUUCGAUCUUGGUCUGGAGGAAAUCGACAUUUCUCACAAUGGGUUAACCGGUUCGCUCCCACUAGGAUCAAGAAGACUAUUCGAAUCUCUCCGUGUUCUUGAUCUCUCAUGCAAUGAUCUCGGGGGAAGCAUACCGGGUGAAGUAGGGCUCUUCAUCCACCUGAGAUACCUGAACUUGUCAUGGAAUGAUCUUCAGACAAGAAUUCCUCCGGAACUAGGGUUUCUCCAGAAUCUGACGGUCUUGGAUCUCAGACACAGCUCUUUGUCCGGUUCUAUUCCUGCCAACAUAUGCGAGUCUCGGAGUCUGGAAAUCCUUCAGUUGGAUGGUAACUCGUUAAUCGGCCCAAUACCAGAGGGAAUCGGGAACUGUCUCUCUCUUAACCUUCUGAGCUUGUCCCAUGACCAUCUGACUGGUCCCAUUCCGAAAUCCCUCUCGAACUUGCAUCAGCUCAGGAUUCUUAAACUGGAAUCCAACGAGCUGAGCGGUGAAAUACCUCCGGAGCUCGGAAAGUUACAGAAUUUACUUGCAGUAAACAUUUCGUAUAACCGUCUGGUUGGAAAGUUACCGGGUGGAAUCGUGUUCCAGAGCUUGGAUCAGAGCGCUAUUCAGGGGAACUUGGGAAUUUGUUCGCCGUUGUUGAAGGGACCUUGCAGAUUGAACGUGCCAAAGCCUUUGGUCAUCGAUCCGAAUUCCGAUGGGAACAAUAACGACCAUUCACCGAGAGACAGAUCGAUCGAUGGUUCGGGAAACGGAAGGUUCCAUCAUGGAAUGUUCCUAAGUGUUUCUGCCAUUAUCGCAAUCUCAGCUGCCAUACUUAUAGCUUCUGGUGUGAUAAUCAUAAGCUUGCUUAACGCUUCUGUGAGGAGAAGGCUUGCUUUUGUUGAUAAUGCUCUGGAGAGCAUUUUCUCUGGUUCUUCAAGAUCAGGAAGCAUGGCGGCUGGUAAACUUGUUCUUCUCAAUGCAAGAUCUUCAUCCUCUUCUUCAUUAUCGGCCACCGAGUUUUCGAGAAAUCCAGAGUUUUUUCUCAACAAAGCUGCUGAAGUCGGUGAAGGAGUGUUUGGAACUGUGUAUAGGGCUACACUCGGAGAAGAAGGAAGCGUCUUAGCCGUCAAGAAACUUGACCCUUCAACCAUUCUGCAUAACCCAGAAGAUUUCGACCGACAAGUUCGAAUCUUGGCGAAAGUAAAGCACGAAAACCUCGUACCGAUCAAAGGGUACUUCUGGACACCUGAUUUGCAGCUUUUGGUUUCAGAGUAUAUUCCGAACGGUAACUUGCAGUCCAAGUUACACGUACGAGACCCUUCUUCACCGCCGCUUUCUUGGGCCGCAAGGUUCAGAAUCAUCCUCGGAACAGCUAAGGGUCUUGCAUAUCUUCACCACUCGUUCCGUCCACCGAUCGUCCACUUCAACCUAAAACCGACCAACAUCCUCCUCGACAAGGACAACAAUCCGAAAAUCUCGGAUUUCGGGCUGACAAGGCUUCUGACAAAACACGACAGAAACACGAUGAACAACAAUAGGUUUCAGAACGCGCUAGGGUAUGUAGCUCCUGAACUAGAGUGUGAGAGCUUAAGGGUCAAUGAGAAAUGCGAUGUUUAUGGAUUCGGAGUUCUGAUUCUGGAGCUUGUGACCGGUCGGAGACCAGUGGAGUACGGAGAACACAGCUUUGUGGUGUUGAGCGACCAUGUUCGUGUCCUGUUAGAGCAAGGGAACGCGUUGGAAUGCGUUGAUCCGACGAUGGAUGAAUUCUCCGAAGACGAAGUGUUGCCAGUUCUGAAGCUGGCUCUUGUUUGUACUUCUCAGGUACCUUCAAAUCGCCCAACAAUGGCGGAGAUUGUUCAGAUUUUGCAUGUCAUCAAGACACCAGUUCCUCACAGGCUGGAGACUUUCUAGCUCUUUACUUCCCAUGUUUUUUUUUUUGGUUCUCUGUCUUUUCCAAUGCUCGAUUGUUAUCUGUAAAUUUCGGAACUUUAUGAUUCACCUCGUGGGAAUGAUAUCGUUGACCAAUUCAUAAACCCU